UAGUUUAGUUUAGUCAGCUGUCAGGUCUGGGGUCUGUCGUGUACGUGUUGAGUUGAUUUUUAGUUGAUUUUGUUGUACGCGCGCGGGGACAUGUUGACUCCUUCUGGACUGAACGGUGCUUUGGAGGAGGGGGAGGCUACUAAGGAGGGCUUCUACUCCUUUGAGGAGGAGCUCGUGAGGAGCAGGAGGGUUGAGGGUGGUCACAGAGAUCUGCAUCAUGAGGCUAGAGAUUUCAUUGGAUCUCCAAGCCAGUAUUACAGUGAUAAAUACUUCGAGGCAUUUCGUAGGAGUUUAGAGGAGCCUGAAGAGUUUUGGGCGGAGGUUGGACGUGCUCUCAGCUGGUCCAAGCCUUGGACAAAAGUACUCGACAACACUGACGAACCAUUCACAAAAUGGUUUGUAGGAGGAGAACUGAAUGCCUGCUACAACGCGGUGGACCGUCAUGUGGAGAGAGGAAGAGGGGAACAGGUGGCCCUCAUACAUGACAGCCCUGUCACACGACAAGUGCGCAAAAUGACCUACUCACAGCUUCAACAUCAGGUAUCACACUUGGCGGGAGCGUUGGCGAGUAUUGGUGUGGGCAAGGGUGACCGAGUCUUGAUCUACAUGCCUUUGGUGCCUGAGGCGAUUGUUUCCAUGCUGGCCACAGUUCGUCUCGGAGCAGUUCAUUCUGUUGUUUUUGGAGGAUUUGCAGCCAGAGAAUUGUGUACAAGGAUAAAUCAUGCUGAGCCGAAAGUUAUAAUUGCAGCAAGCUGCGGUGUGGAGCCAAAUAAAAUUGUCAAAUACAAGGAGAUUCUGAACGAAGCUAUCGAAAUGGCUACGAUGAAGCCGAAGAACUGCAUCAUUUUCCAACGUCGCAACGUUUAUGAGGCGGAAGUUACUCCGGGACGCGACAUCCUGUGGGAUGAUGCUAUUGCCAACUAUGGCACCCAUGACUGUGUCCCAGUCGAAGCCAAUGAUCCGCUCUACAUUCUAUACACUUCUGGUACAACAGACCAACCAAAAGGCAUCCUGCGGCCAACCGGAGGACACAUAGCCACUCUGGCGUGGACGAUGUCGACGAUCUACGGCAUGAAAGAUGGUGAUGUGUGGUGGACUGCUUCGGACAUGGGUUGGGUGGUCGGCCAUUCCUACAUCUGCUAUGGGCCGCUCUGUGCUGGUCUCACAUCCAUCAUGUAUGAGGGAAAGCCAGAUCGUACCCCUGAUUGCGGACAGUAUUUCCGGGUCAUCCAGGAUCACAGAGUGAACGCGAUCUUCACUGCUCCAACAGCUCAGGUUAUCAGGAGAGAAGAUCCAGAAAUAAAGAUGGGACGCAAAUAUUCAACUAAGUCAUUGAGACACAUAUUCGUGGCUGGAGAGAACUGUGAUCAUGAUACAAAAUCGUGGGCUGAACAAGUAUUCAAAGUGCCAAUUCUAAACCAUUGGUGGCAGACAGAAACGGGACACUCGAUAACAGCGACAUGCAUUGGUCUUGGACACAACACGUCGCCACCCAAAUACUCCACAGGCAUGCCCUUUCCUGGAUAUGAUGUGCGCAUUCUUAGGCAAGAUGGAAGCGAAUGUGAUUCACUUGAACUUGGCAGAAUUGCAGUCAAACUGCCCCUCCCACCUGGCACAAUGGCAACACUGUACAAGGCCACACAGAAAUUCAUCGAUGUAUAUUUCACAAAAUUUCCGGGCUACUACGACACAAUGGAUGCCGGCUACAGGGACGAACACGGCUACAUCUACGUGACAGCUCGCGAUGAUGACGUCAUCAACGUGGCCGGCCACCGACUGUCGACGGCUGCCCUGGAGGAUGUCAUCCUCUCGCAUCCCGACAUCACCGACGCGGCUGUCAUAGGCGUGCCUGAGCCCACCAAGGGAGAGAUACCGCUCUGUCUCUACAUCACUAAACCAGGUAGCAAAAGGAGUGAGAAAGAGAUAAGCAACGACUUGAUAAAGCAGGUGCGAGAACUGAUAGGACCAAUAGCCGCCUUCCAUCACUCCGUCGCAGUCACAAACCUCCCUCGCACUCGCUCCGGUAAAACAGCCAGGAAAUCGAUAGCUGAUCUAGCCAGAGAUAAAGCUAUUAAGAUUCCGAGCACCAUUGAAGACCCAACAGUGUACAAGGAAAUCAAGCGCGCCCUUCAAUCUCUGGGCUACGCCAAAACUGCUCCUGAUCCUCAAUGAUGGAUGGAAUCAAGCAUUUUAAUAUUGGACAUUAUUUAAAAUUGGUGUAAUAUAGGAUACUCGAAUAUUAUAGUGUCUUUCCCAAAGUGAUUGAAAAUAAAUUGAAAAGAGUAAAAAUUUAUCUUCUCCUUCAGAAUAUUAUUUUUCGUAUAUUUGGGAUCGCUCAGAAAUUACCGGUUUGUAUUUUUAGAUGAAAUUCUUUGAUGUCAACAUUCAAAAAUGAAGUAUAUUCCAUUUCAUUCUUUUCAAUUGACUCAAUUGACGUGAUGAAUAUUUUUCUCAGUUAAUUUUAUUUUCCCAGUUUUAUGUCAUAUUCUCAUGAAUGAUAUCAUUUCAAUGGCACUGCAAAUAAUAAACAAUUCAGCCCUGUUAUUACAAUGCUUUUAGAGAGUGAAUUUUUGAUAGCCUAUAAUAAACAGCAUCUCAUAGGUUGCUGUAGACUAUCAUUAUUUACCCUGAGCACGGGUAAUUGUUUCUUUCUUUUUGUCUGAGGUUUCAUGCUUCAAUUUUUUGAAAAAAUUUAAUUUGUUUAACAUUUUAUUUGUUGAAAGUUUCUAAAGUCAUUAAAUUUGUUAAUGUUGUGUAAAAGUUUGUUAAUGUGUUGAAAAUGCCAGCAAUAAUGGAGGUUCUCAGUUUUAUUUUUGUAGAAUUAAAAUUUAUUUCAAAUAA